GCUUUAGAGACAGACUCUGCACUUGCUGCUUUGCUAAUUCACAGCUUCCUUUUUUAACUCAGCAGAUGCAGGAGAAGGAGCCUAAUGUCUUGGCGUGAACUUCUUCCCCCUUGCCUAGUUAUUGUAGCCGGGCUAACUGGGAUCCUGCUGCUUUGUGUCUCUACUAAAAUUGUCAAGAUCCCCCCUGGGAGCAAGUAUGGCAUUGUUCUGGAUGCUGGGCCAUCCCACACUACCCUUUUCAUAUACCAGUGGUCAGCCAAGAAGGAGAAUAACACUGGGGUGGUCAGUGAACACAGCACCUGUACUGUGCAAGGCCCUGGAAUCUCUGACUACUCAACAUGCCCUCAAGAAGCUGGAAACAGCCUAAAGGCAUGCCUGAAACAAGCAAUGGAGGCAAUUCCAGAGCAACAGCACAGCCAAACCCCUGUCUACCUGGGAGCAACUGCUAGUAUGAGGCUGCUUAAUCUCACCAACCCUGUGCUCUCUGAUGCUCUUCUAGCUGCUGUGACCUCCACACUGAAGUCAUACCCCUUUGACUUCCAGGGGGUAAAAAUACUAUCCAGUCAAAAGGAAGGGGUGUUCCUGUGGGCUGCUGUUAACUAUCUCCUGGAGAACUUCAUCAAGUAUGCAUGGACAGGACACUGGAUCCAUUCCAGAAAAGGAACAGUAGGAGUCAUGACCCUAAGAAGAGACUCCUUACAGAUGACUUUCAUGUUGAAAGGAGAAAGCCAAGAUCCUGAGAAGGAGGUGAUGCUACAGCUGUAUGGGCACACAUACAAGGUCAACACCCAUAGCUUUCUGUGCUAUGGCAGGGACCAGGUCCUUAAGAGGCUGCUUUUGAAAGUUGUACAAGACCAGGGCUAUGCAAGAAAUGCAUCUAACCCCUGCUGGCCUCUUUCCUACUCCCGCAAAGUUCUGCUUCAUUCUGUGCAUGCUGACCCCUGCACUGUCAGUGACGGACCUUUAAGCGUACCUGCCCACGAGGACACGUUUCACAUCACUGGCUCCAGUAAUUCUUCUGCCUGCAGGAGACUUGUGGGAAAGUUGUUCAAUUCGUCCUCCUUCUGCAGCUUUUCAGAUUGCCCUCCACAUGGAACUAAAUUUCUGGUGAUUUCUGAGAUGUUGAAUUUCCUGAAGGAGAUGGCACCCUAUACUGACUUGGGCCAAGCGACUGACUUACUUUGUGGGAUGUCUAAGAAAGAGCUGAAUGAGAAGUUCAAGGAAAGGCCAAACAUGUUUGCUGACCACUGUACCCUAUCCACUUUCAUCUACCAUCUACAUGCAAUGGGAUACCAGUUUGACUUGGACAGUUCUGGCCAGACUGCAUUCCAGAUCAGUGAUACGUCAGCUGGCUGGGCUCUUGGGUACAUGCUGAAUCUGACCAACAUCAUUCCUGAAGAUGAGCUAAUCCUUCUGAAAGGGAUUGAAAAUGGGGUUUGGUCAUUACUCCUCAUCCUUUUGGUUCUGCUGCUCACUGGCUCCUUCACACGCAUUUCAUACCGAGUGGUGGUAAAGGAUGAUGCGCACCCGGAGAGUUGAAGGACUCCUCCAUGAGAUUCCAGUGACCUGGGAGGUUAUUUCAAUCUGCUAACAGGCUGCAGGAUUGUAAAUAGAGACAGGGGACCUUGUUCUGCAGGACAUCUCAGAUCCAGACAUGAAGCAAGCUAGCUGCUAUCCUACACCAGUGGAAGAAGAGAAGCUGCAUAGCUGUUGUCCAAAGCUCUUUAUUGUCCAUUUCCCCGCCCAGUCACCUCACCAAAAGGCAAAGAAUGAGAAGGGGCUUUCAGAAUUCAGGGCAAGAAGGGAAUUCUGACAGCCAGGCCUCCUCACUGGACUAAUCAUACUGUAAAUUCUUACAUGGAUGCCAUAGACAGUUCCCUGAUUGCCCUGAUUGCUGCAAACGCAUUGGUAGAUGGUUUCCUCUGGAUCUGUGAAGGCAAAUCUGAGUGGAAAGGGCUCUAUUCUCAGUCACUCCUAGAGCAGCCAUAGGGUGUCUUGCUGGAAAUCAGUUACUCUCUAUUUACAACUUUUUAACUGGCCCAUCUGAACCAGUUGGAAAUCUGUAAAUGACAGGAAACUGGUCUUGAGUUCUUUGGAGAAUCUGACCCAUCAAUGCCAAGCAGAACCAUGUUGGUUUUGUAUGAGAACAAGUCUUAAAUUGUCUGUACGAAAUGCUGAUGAAAUGUUAGCCGGCACAAGGGAACAUCAGAUUAGGACUGAGGUAUUCUGAAAAUGCAGCCAGAAUGUAAUUGCAAUUGGCUUUUGAUGUUCUGGUUAGGAAAGCAGUUUAUUAGCCUUGGUAACAACAACCCAUUUGUCUUCCAUCUUACUUUUAACAAUGAGUGUCCACACGAGUUGUCCUGGCAACCUAUUUUUUCUCAUAGGUAAGAAUCUUAAAAAAUAAAUGAUUUUUAUCAUCUUUA